AUGGGAAUGAUUGCUAGGACCAUUUUGCGGUCAAGAUCCAUCGAUUGUCGAGGCCAAUCCCUUGCCAAAUUUCUCUUCUUACAAGCUAUUUUGACACGGAAUAUCUUUGGAACAGAUUGGAUUGAUCUGGAAAUGGCGCGAUUCAAAGCUACUGCAAGAAAGAGUGACUCAUGGCAAGCCAAGAAAUUCUUCUAUAAGAAACUGACCGUAGAGAAGCUAAAUGCCUUGAAAACUCAGAUGAGAUCGCGAGAUCUGAAUACAGUUUUAACUGCUAUCCGAGAAUUUUGCCAGCAUUUGCGAAAUAGAGAAUACAGAAAGUCUCUUAUUCGACAAAUUGUCGACUCCGAGCUUGUUCCAGUAUUUGUAAAAUUUUUGCGAUCGCCAAAUGCUGAAAUUGUUACUGAAGCCAGCUACGUCUUAGCCGUUGUUUCUAGCGGAAAAGUAGACGAAAUGAGGCAAAUUCUUAAUGAUUUCCCUCGUCACCGCUACCCGAAAUUGUUGGUUAGUAAAGAUGUGGAUCAGGACAUCACUAAAGGUGCUAUUCGCAACACCAAAGCAGUCGUACAAGCCGGUGCUGUGCCUCCUUUGAUUGCAUUGCUUUCACAUGAUGAUGAUGAUGUCAAGCAAAAUUGUUUGUGGACCAUAGGAAGUAUCGCAGAAGAUUGUGCUAAAUACAGGAGCGAUUUAUUAGCUCAGAAUAUUUUGCCCCCGCUAUCUCAGAUUCUUGAAAAUGAGAUGGCAAACCAAGAAUUGUUAACUUAUGGCGCAUGGGCUUUCCGCUGUCUUUGUUAUAAAAGGAUAGCGCGUUCAGAUAAACACGUUAUACCUGCCGUAAUCCCCAUGGUUUGGCAGCUUCUUCAGUCUGAAAACAUUUGCAUUCUUAGUCAUGUAACAUGGCAUCGGUAUACUCCUCUGGUGAAGCCAGUAAUGUUAGCAAUUUCUAACAUCAUAUCUCGUGGCCCAGUGCAAAGAAAGAUGCUAGUUGAUUGUUCACCUUGGCAAAAUAUGGCUGUCUUUACUGACUAUUUACGAUGCGACAACAACAUUUUGAUGGUUUUAUGUAAAGUCGCAUGGAAACUGAUGUCUGAUAAGGAGCAAAUCCAGUCCGCUAUCGAUUCCCAAAUUCUGCCUAACUUGAUCAGAAUUGUACGCAAGAGAAGAGGCAGGAAACUACCUAACGAAUUAGUAAUGCUUAUUGCCGAUGCUGUUUUGGGUUCUGAUGAUCAACAGAUAUGGUAUAUUGCUGAUCAAAAGGCUGUCAGAGCUUUCUGUCUUACGUUGCCCAAAAUAUCAGAUACGGACACGCUUCAUGACGUUAUUUCUGCACUACAAAGUAUUUUGCGAGUUGGUGAGGAUGUUAGGAAAUUGGAAAAUCAGUAUGAAAAUGCGUAUGCUGCUGAAUUUAAAGCUAAAGACGUUGAGUUUAUGCAAUCAUUGGUUCAACAUCAAGAUAAAGCUAUUAGCAGGAAAGCACGUAGUAUCAUGUCUAAACAUUUUCGCCAAAAGAGGAAAAGAACAAAACAGCAACCACAACAGCCACAGCAAGAACCAAAACAAGAGCAACAGGAAGGACAACAGGAAGAGCAACAACAAGAAGCUUAA